UUUCUUCUUAAGCUUCAGACAUGGAUGCUGUGAAUACAUUGCUGUUGUGGGUUGUGAGUUUCGCUGCCGGAAUGUUUUUGAUCUUCGAAUACCUUAAUUCGCUCGACGAAACCAGAAAAUCCUGUCUCGAAGCAGAUCAAACCAGAUCAGCAGCAAAUAGUGAUUCUGAAAUCAAUGAUGCUACUAAUCAUGAUCAAGAAGAGGAUGAAAAAUCUAAUGCUGAAAAACAAUUGGUUUUUGAGCAUAAUUUUACGAAUAAAGUUUUCGAAGAAAUUACACAAGAGAUCACAGAAGAAAUCACAGAAGAAAUUACGGAAGAAGAAGAAGAAGAAAAUCUAGUCAUAACGAGUUCCGAUGAAUCGAGUGGGGUUCUAGAAGUUACUGGAAGCAAAAGGGAUGACGAUACAAUUUACAACUAUGAUAAUGAUGACGAUUGGGAGGGAAUAGAGAGAACAGAAUUAGAGAAAAUAUUCGGUGAAGCAGUUGUUUUCGUUAGUUGUAAGAGAAAUUCCAAUCAAAUUAACGAAGAUGUGAAAUUACAACUCUACGCCCUUCAAAAAAUUGCUCUACAAGGUCCUUGCCAUGGAUCGCAGCCUAUGGCAUUCAAAGUUUCCGCCCGAGCUAAAUGGAAUGCCUGGCAGAAACUAGGUGACAUGAGCAGAGAGAUCGCAAUGGAAAAGUAUGUUAGCCUUUUAGUCAAAGCUAUUCCCGGGUGGAACGUUCGACGAAAAUUUUGUUAGUUAUUACUAGAAUACGUAUUAUUUUAAUUUGAUUUUUCUAAUUUUUCAGUCAUAUUGGCUAUGUCUAUAUAUUUAAGUGUUUUUUACUUCUCAAUAAAUCUGAAUAUUUAUUUUUCUAUAUAUUAUAAUUCUGAUGGUGCCAAAAGACCUGUCUUAUGUAUUUUGAUAUUUUCUAAUUAAUAUUAUUAUUGAUUAAAAAGAUGAAUUCUAAGUGUA